UCUAUAUCUAUCAUAUCAUCGUCGGUCAGUCCUUGAAUGCCCUCGUCUCCGACACGCACUGCUUCAGCAUCAUCGCCGCGGACGCACGCGGUCUUUCUCGCGCUGGUCGCCGCUGUCGUUGCUCUGCUACUCCACAGCGCAACAUUGACAGCAGCAGCAGCAGCGACGCGCGGUGGCUCGCAUCCCGGCGUCGAGUCUGUCGGUCAGCUGCUGCAGCAAUCUCCGACAGUGGCCGACGUCGAGGUCCAGCCGUGGAGCGCGGCCAUCAACGCGUCUGCCAGUGGUCUUGUGGUCAGCCAGGUGUCCUUUGUCAUCAAGUCCACCCAGCGCUCGUUCCAGGGCUUCCUCGGCACGGUCGUCAAUCCGGCCUUCUUCAAGUACGCGCUGCCCAGUGUGGGUUGCGGCCAUCGCGUCAACACGUCCGUCACCGCCAAGCAGAACAACUGUCUAUUUGCGACAAACGCCGGCUUCUUUGACGUCAAUACGGGAGCUUGCAUCGGAAACAUUGUCAUUGACGGCAAGACAGUCGAGGCGGCUGUGACCGCCCGUGUCAACUUUGGCCUGCAAGGCCAGCGCUCGUUCAUUACUGGCUACCUCGAUCAAUCUGACGUUCAGUCGGGCAAGUACAAUCUGACCCAGCUGCUGACGGGUGCUGGAUGGCUCGUGCGUGACGGCAAAUCGUACCUCGACACCAGCCGCUACACUGAGUCGCUCGACAGCAAUUUCGUGACCGAAAAGGCUCCUCGUACCAGCAUUGGCACCUUUGCCAAUGGCACCAUGGCCAUCUUUGUUGUCGACGGCGAGGAGGACAUUGGCACGGGCGUGGACUUGUACGAGUUCACCGAAAUUCUUCUCGACCUGGGUUUGACCAAUGCCAUCAACCUGGACGGCGGUGGCUCGAGCGCCGUCUUUUACAACAACACAAUCAUCGAUCGCCCGACCUGCAACGACACGCCUGUGAUUUGCGAGCGUGCCGUGACGAGCAUCACCUGUGUCUUGCCUUGAAGUUGUCUGUCGAGUGUUUUUUUUUUUUUCGGUUGUUCCAUCCAAGCCAAUGUACUGUAUAGUUGGAUUUCAAAGUGCGACGCUUUGCAACGCGCGCGUUCUUGUUGUUGCACUCAGACAUUCAGCAACCCUUG